AACAGCAGUGCGUGGGGAUAAAACCCCGCUCUGGUUGUUUUGGCGGCUGUUCUCUGUUUUGGCACGCCCUCCUCUGUUUUGGCAUGCCCUUCUUUGUUUUGUCGCGCUCUCCCUUGCCUCUGCUUCGCAUGCAGGAAGCGCCCUUCUAUAGAAGUAAAUUGCCUCGCUGGGAAAACUUUUGCCUGAGUGCUGGUUUCACUUUGUGGCACCAACAGUUUGUUUCUAACAAUCUGGGGGCUUGCCUGGGAUUCCCAUUCUCCUCUGGGGAAGGGGUCUCUGGUUAUCUCCUGGCAUAGACUUGUCCCACUGCCUCGUUGUGGUGGCCUCAGGGGGUAGAGAUCAAGACCCCACUUGCUGUGACGAAUAAACGUGGACUCUUAGCAACGUGAGAAGCAAAGGCUUGCCUACGAACACCGCGGUGACCAGAAAACUGCACAGUCCAAGGAUUAAAGGUCUCUUGAUGCAAACCCCACCUCUUGAGUUUCCAGUCCAUCAGCACCAGCCUGGAGACUACGUCCUCAUUAAGAGCUGGAAAGAAGAGAAACUUGAACCUUCCUGGGAGGGACCAUAUCUCGUGCUCCUAACAACUGAAACUGCAGUCCAAACUGCUGAGAAAGGAUGGACCCACCACACCCAAGUCAAGAAAGCACCAGCCCCUCUGGGGUCAUGGGCCGUAGUCCCUGGAGAAAAUCCUACCAAACUAAAGCUAAGAAAAGUUUAACUCUCUUUUCUCUAUUCUAUUACUCCUCCUUCUUUCCUUGUUCUGUUACUAGCUACCUCGUUAUUAAUGUAACUAGAUCAGACUCACCCCAGACCAUUACCUUUGAUGCUUGUUUAGUUGUGCCUUGUGGGGAUCUCGAAAGCCAGAGACAGCUUGCAGCAGCGGAUAAAUAUCUCUGCCCCUCCACAGCAGAUGCUUCUAGGUUCUUUAUGUUACCAUUAUGUCAUACUUGGGAAUAUGUCGUUUGGACCACUCAAAGUCAAGACUGGGUCCCCUCAAGUGAUUUCCCACUAGCAGUUCUAAAGCCCUAUAUCCAUUUUACUAAAGGAAGUGCCCCUCCCAAUUGUCAAUAUAACCAAUGUAACCCGGUGCAAAUUUCCAUCACUAUCCCAACUCUCCAGGAUUCCUCCCCAAUCCUAAGCCGUUUAUAUGGUAUGGGAGCAGAUGUAAGCGGAAAAGACCCCAUAGGAGGCUUCAGGUUGGACUUCAUUGCACCCCCACCUUCAACAUCUUCUCAGCCUGCUAAGACUGUCAUCUCAUCUCCACCUAAUGACAAAACCAAAGUGGCUAUUUUAGAGGUUAAAAAUUUACAACAAACAUUGGCAAUUGAGACAGGAUACCAGGAUGUAAAUGCCUGGAUGGAAUGGAUUGAAUAUUCCGUUCAGACUCUAAACAAAAGCGACUGUUACGUUUGCGCGCGUGGUAGGCCAGAGGCCCAAAUUGUCCCCUUUCCAGUUGGAUGGUCUUCUGACCCAGUGGGCAUGAGCUGUAUGGUAGCUCUUUUCCAAGACCCCACAGCCUGGGGUAAUGAAUUCUGUCACGCUCUCUCUCUGCUGUUCCCUGAAGUUCAACACUCUGUGGGUCAGCUGCCGAGGGCCAUCCAGCUUCCAUCUCCGGACACCAAUUUUACUUCAUGUCUCUCACGACAGGGAGAAAAUUUGGUGUUCUUUGGGGACCUAAAGGGAUGCAGUGAGGUGAAGCCUUUCCAAGAGCUUACCAAUCAGUCUCCCCUUGUUCAUCCCCGAGCUGAUGUAUGGUGGUAUUGCGGCGGACCCCUACUGGACACUCUGCCAAGUAACUGGAGUGGCACUUGUGCUCUAGUUCAGCUGGUCAUCCCUUUCACCCUGGCAUUUCAUGAAACAGAAAAAGAGAAACUACAACGCCGUAAAACUAGAGCGGCCCCUCUUGGAUCUUUCGACUCUCAUGUCUAUAUAGAUGCAAUUGGAGUCCCACGGGGGGUGCCUGAUAGAUUCAAAGCCCGAAACCCAAUAGCUGCAGGAUUUGAAUCCAUAUUUCCAUGGGUAGCUAUUAAUAAAAAUGUAGAUUGGAUAAAUUACAUCUAUUAUAACCAACAGCGAUUUAUUAAUUACACUACGGAUGCUAUCAAAGGCAUAGCUGAACAAUUAGGGCCUACUAGCCAGAUGGCGUGGGAAAACAGAAUGGCCCUAGAUAUGAUAUUAGCCGAAAAAGGUGGAGUUUGUGUUAUGAUAGGAGCCCAAUGCUGCACCUUCAUCCCCAACAACACAGCUCCUAAUGGAACAAUUACGAAAGCUUUACAAGCUCUUACCUCCUUAUCAAAUGAAUUAGCCACAAAUUCUGGGAUAGAUGACCCUAUCACAGGAUGGUUAGGGAAAUGGUUUGGUAAAUGGAAAGGAUUCUUUGCCUCUAUUCUUAGCUCUCUUGCAGUCGCAAUGGCUGUGCUUAUUCUUGUUGGAUGCUGCAUUAUUCCCUGCAUUCGUGGACUAAUCCAAAGACUUGUAGAAGCAGCUGUUAGCAAAACCUUCCCUAGUUCUUCCGAAUCCUAUACUGAUAAGUUCUUCCACAUGAAAGAACUACAAAGACGAGUCAUGUUAGAUAAGUUUAAAGAAGAAAACGUAUAAAUUCAAGAGGGGGAAAUUAUUGUUAAGAACAAAUAGUUCCUCUUCAAAGGGUUUCGGUUCCUGGUUCUUUGUUCUAUUCUAAAAGGUAAUCUUACCCAUUCAUCUAUUAGCCCUCCCUAUCUCUGCUGUGCCUAAAUAUGCCCCAGAUGUAUGGUAUUCGUCUUCCCCGUCAAUCACCCACCCUCACCUCCUUUGAUGACGUCAACAGUAGCCAAUCGGAAUUAGCCUAGAUUGUGCGGUCCGACCCCAGCCCACGGGGGAGAACACAGGAACAGGGUCUGCGUCAGGGAUAAAAACUCCUGCUCUCCUUUGUUUUGGCAGCCCUCCCUUGCCUCUGCUUCGCAUGCAGAAGUGCCCUUUUAUAGAAGUAAAUUGCCUUGCUGAGAAAACUUUUGCCUGAGUGCUGGUUUCACUUUACGGCGCUUACAAUUUGUAUCUAACACUGCUUUUCUAAGCAGGGGACCUGGUUAAUGUGUGAUUCCCUCCUUUUGUUUGGCCCCAGUCCCCUUUGGAGUCUGGGGAGUUUUGCCCUUUAAAAAUCAAACUGCCAUGAAGACUGCUUUCCCCGAAAUUUUGGUUCACAGCUUUCAUUGGAUUAUCUAUUGGGGCAAAGUAAACCAGAGAGCUUGUAUUGCCAUCUCAGGGCUAAAGUUCCAAGCUAUUGCAUCUGUGUUUAUGUGUGUGCAUACGUUUAGUUGUGUGUAUGUGUGUAUACACUUAUUGUUAUAUGUCGUGUCAACCGAAAUUGACUUGUAGGUAGGAGAGUGCUAAUAAGUAAGUCUGAGCAAUUUUCAAGUUCACGUGUCUUAAGAAUAACUUUACUAAACCAGUUAGCUUAAAAAUUAUUGGUGGAAUAAAAACAAAUGCCUUGAGAAUUGUCAGCAUACAUUUGGUCUGAAUUCUAUGUUUGCCUUUGCUAGAUAUUUUAAAAUGUCAGUGUUAAUUCAAGCUGGGAGCUGCUUGGAGCAAGCCUGCUUCCCAUUCUAUUCAAAGUCUCACUGAGUUAAGUGCAUACCUGAUUGCCCCAUUUGGAAAGGGUAAUGGGAAACUCAAAAUAAUGCAACCAUUUGUCUCCCACCUACCUGUGACCUGAAAGCCCCCAAGUCCCCUCCCUGCCUUAAGUUGUUCCGCCUUUCCUGACCCAACCAGUGUUCAUUUUACAUAUGUUGAUUGAUGUCUCCUGUCUCCCUUGUUAAAAGUAAAAAAUAAGUACAGUGAAUGGGAUAAAUACUUUAGGUAAACUUUUUGUGUAAAUCAAAAUCUUAAAGUGAUUUUUGAUGCUCAUGUACUGAGUCAUUUCCAGUUAAAAAAGGUGUGAUAUGGGGAAAUAUGUUUCUCAAAUUGUGGAAUUGCUCUUGUCCAUAAAUGCCCAUAUCUAAUAGUUCAGGAUUUCUUGCUUUUUAGGGUUUCAGUAAGAUUUUAGGUUACUACGGAUAAAAAUUCUAGUUAACAUGUAAUUUCAUAUACAAAAUGUGCCGGAAAGGGUUAUGUUAUUAGUGAAAAAAAGAAUAAUUUUGUCUAUUUCAGUAAUUAUCUAAAAGUUAGUUCAAAUUACAGAUCUGAAAAGGUUAUUUAGGAAACAAUAUAGCAAGGAACCAUUAAAUGGGGGAGAAAGAUGUAGACAAAGUUUAAAUAAUAAAACAUUCUUUAAAACCUGAUAAAGAAUUGGAGACAUUUGGUUAAUUAAUGUUUUUAUAGUUAAAGCUGUUAGUCUGGAUUAAAGUAAUGAGGACUAAACUCUGAUUUUUGAAAUAGCGUCCAAAUGCCUACCUAAGGCGUCUGAGGAGCCAUGCCCUACGAACCAUAAAAUUCUCAUCAGAUGGGUUUCAUUUAACCGUAUGUAGUGUGACUUAUUUUCCAACGUGACUCUGGCAUAACAUUACGAGACAAAGAAGAAAAUAAAAAUAUUUUUCCCCCAAAACAUGUUUUUUGGUCACAUUUUGAAAUGGCCCUGAAAGCCGUCCUCUGUGGGGAAAAAUUCACAUCUGUAAAGAAUCCUUAUUAACACGGCUAGACCAUUUCCUUCCAGGCCUAUCCUCUCCAAUUCCGAAUAGCCACUUCUCUGGCUUUUAAACAUUGUUUAACUUGCCUGCUUUCCAGCUAGGUAAAGGCCUGAGGACAGGUGGAGUUGGCUCUAGCUAUGCUGGGAAUAGUCAAACCUUGUCAGAACAUAACUUAACAGGUUUUAUGCUAAGAUUCGCCAUUAUAACCUGCAAUUAAGACUACUAGAAACAGUUUUAUAUGCAAAGAGUGUAAGAACAGUACAAUGUGUGUUUUGUUUUUUUUUUGUAAAAGGUUAUAGAAGGUUUUUAACUGCUUGAAAAUUUCUGAGUCAUUUUGGCAAAAUAAAUAAUUUAUAGUAUUCUGGAAUUCCAAAAUCGAACUUCAGUUUCAAAAUUGUCUUUCCUAAGGCCUGGCUUUUUGGAUGGAUCAGAGGGCCCCUGAAAACAUCCAGAAAGGAGGUAAACAAGAUUAUUUGACAUGUUUAGGUACAUGGGAUUGCCAAAAUGAUGUUCAAUUUUUUUAGGUUAUAUUUUGUGAAUAACAGUAAUAUAUGUUCCAAAAUUAUAUGGGAUUUCUAAC